CUUCCCACAAUGCUCUGCUCCAUUCUCAAGCUCUCGCAAAGGAUCACAGCCGUCUUUCAGGAAGAAAUAACGGGUGCUUGGCUCUCUGUUUCUGAGGCUUGCUGUGGAAAUCUGAGCUUCAAAAUAGGAAACAUGGAAGACCUUCAAACCAACUCUAUUCAUUAGUUUUCUAAAACUAGGUUUACUAUCUUCCAUCAAGAGCUGUUCCAUUAAGAUUCCCUUUUGUAGCCGACUCAGUUUUAUGUAGCCGUUCCUGGAAGCUCUCCAUUUUGGACGUGGGAUCGGUUGAGCUGUUUACCAGUCCUGGAGGAAAGGCCUAAUCCCAAAUCCUUCUGGAGAGCGCUAAGACACUGCCUGACUCGAAGCUGACGGGAUCAGCUUCAUAUUAGAUUUGUGAGACAAGGGAAAGAGAACACCUGCUUGUUUUUACAGGCAAAUCCAGGCCACGCUGCUCUGGAUUUUGGAUUUUGCAUGCAGAACGCCACCUUACAUAGUCAAGUUUGGCACAAUUUGUGCACUUCCCAGAAUUGCUUCCUGUUGUAGGACUUGAUAAUCCAGAAUCAUUCAGAAUCAAGGUCAGACCUCCUUGACUGCAGAGAAGGUGCUCGCGUUCAGCUCCCAAAUAUUAAGACUAGAGACUUUGUUGGAUACAUUAUGACAUUAAAAGCGUAGUGCACAAGCAGAUCUGCAUCAUCUGUGUCCGAGACCUAUCAGCCAAGCUGGAAAGAAGAAAACUGCUUAAGAAAGAGGGGGCGUACUGAGCCAGGUCGUUCUUAUUCUGCUCUGGUCGUUUCUCUGCUCAGUGGAAACCUGCAUUCGUUGUGAUGGCUCCUCGGCCAACUCAGACCGGAGCGACCACUGCCCUGUGAAGGACUACACCCAACCCACAUCCGUCAGAUAAGCAGAGGAGGAUGAAACUGAAGAAGCAGGUGACCGUUUGCGGCGGGGCCAUCUUCUGUGUGGCCGUCUUCUCUCUCUACCUGAUGUUGGACCGCGUCCAGCACGAUCCCGCCAGGAGACAGAGCGCUGGGAACUUUCCUAGGAGCCAGAUUUCGGUGUUGCAGAACCGCAUCGAGCAGCUGGAGCAGCUCCUGGAGGAGAACCAUCAGAUCAUCAGCCACAUCAAAGACUCUGUGCUGGAGCUCACCGACACGGGGGCCAUCUCUCCCAGCGGACACCUCCCUUUCCGUAGCGCCAAUGGCUCCUGGGUGCUGCCCUUUGAUGGCAGGCCCACCUUUCUCUCCGUCCAGCCGCUGGAUUGCCAGUUCGCACUGGGCCGCAGGAGCCAAACUGACCUGCAGAUGCUGGAUGUAUACUCCUUGCUGAGCUUCGAUAAUGUGGAUGGAGGUGUUUGGAAGCAAGGCUUUGAGAUCACUUACGAGCCCAACGAGUGGGACGACGAGCCUCUGCAAGUGUUUGUGGUCCCUCAUUCGCACAAUGAUCCAGGAUGGAUCAAAACAUUUGACAAGUACUACAAUGACCAAACCCAGCAUAUCUUUAACAACAUGGUGGUGAAACUGGCCGAAGAUCCUCGCAGGAAAUUCAUUUGGUCGGAAAUCUCGUUCUUCGCCAAGUGGUGGGAAAGCGCAGAUGUACAUAAACAAGAGGCAAUGCGCAAGCUGAUCCUUAGCGGACAGCUUGAGAUGGUGACGGGAGGCUGGGUCAUGACGGAUGAGGCCAGCGCUCACUAUUUCGCCAUGAUCGAUCAGCUGAUUGAAGGCCAUCAGUGGCUAGAGAAAAAUCUGGGUGUGACCCCUCGCUCAGGCUGGGCCGUUGAUCCGUUCGGGUACAGCGCCACGAUGCCUUACCUACUGAAACGGGCAAACAUGAGCAGCAUGCUGAUCCAGAGGGUCCAUUACUCCAUCAAGAAGCACUUUGCUGCCACACGGAGCCUAGAAUUCAUGUGGAGGCAGACCUGGGAUAUUGAAUCAGGCACAGACAUGUUCUGCCACAUGAUGCCAUUUUACAGCUACGACGUGCCUCACACGUGCGGCCCAGACCCCAAGAUCUGCUGCCAGUUUGAUUUCAAGAGGCUGCCGGGCAGUCGAGUCAACUGCCCCUGGAAGGUGCCGCCCCGAGCCAUCACAGAUGCCAACGUGGCCGAGAGAGCUGGCGUUCUGCUUGAUCAAUACCGUAAAAAAUCCAAGCUGUUUCGUAGCAAAGUGUUGCUGGUUCCUCUUGGGGAUGACUUCCGCUUUGACAAACCAUUAGAGUGGGACCAGCAGUACUUCAACUACCAGAAACUGUUCGAUUACAUGAACUCUCACCCAGAAAUGCAUGUAAAGGCCCAGUUUGCGACGCUGACAGAUUACUUUAAUGCGGUGUACAAGGCUAAUGGAGUCGCUCCGGGGACGAGACCACCUGAUUACCCUGUGCUGAGUGGAGACUUCUUCGCUUAUGCGGAUAGAGAGGACCAUUACUGGAGUGGAUACUACACCUCACGUCCCUUCUACAAAAACCUGGACCGUGUGUUAGAAUCUCACCUACGAGGGGCAGAGAUUCUCUACAGCUUGGCGGUGGCUCACGCGCGGCGUGCGGGACUGGAAGGACGUUAUCCCGUCUCAGAUUACUCCCUCCUCACCGAUGCCAGGCGCAACAUAGGGCUGUUCCAGCACCAUGAUGCCAUCACGGGCACUGCCAAAGAGGCCGUCGUCAUCGACUACGGAAACAGGCUAUUAGGUUCUCUGGUCGGUCUGAAACGAGUGAUCAUUAAUGCUGCACACUUCCUGGUAAUAAAGAAUAAAGACAUUUAUCGCUUCUACCAGACGGAGCCUUUCUUAGAGACGGACGACAGACGCGCCACACAAGACUCUCUCCCGCAGCGUACUCUUAUCGAGCUGGAAUCUUCUCCCAGGUACCUGGUGCUGUUUAACCCCGUCGAGCAGGAGCGUCUGUGUGUAGUGACUGUGCUGGUGAAUUCGGCGAGAGUUAGGGUUCUCACUGAGGACGGGCAGACUUUACCGGUUCAGCUGAGCGCGCAGUGGGUGUCUGCCAUUGAGAUGAGUGGAGAGGUCUACCAGGCCUCUUUCAUGGCACGCCUCCCUGCUCUGGGAUUGGCUGUCUUCCACCUGUAUGACUCUGCUGAUUCCCCCAUGACCCUGCGCUCUGAUACGCUGCUCAGGAUUCCGGGACAGGGUCAGAGCAUACGGGGUUUAGACCCUCUGCCCGUGCGAUCGCAGACGGUAGACGCCCAGCCGUUCUACAUCCAGAGCCAGUCUCUCACUCUGGGCUUCUCUGGAACCACAGGCCUGCUGGAGAGCAUUCGACGUAAAGACGAUCCCCAGGAGGUGAGGGUACAGAUUCAGUUCCUCACAUACGGAACUCGACCCUCCAAGGACAAGAGCGGGGCCUAUCUCUUCCUGCCGGACGGAAAUGCCAAGCCGUAUUCGCAGAGAGAAGCCCCUGUAGUGCGUGUGGUGGAAGGGCCUCUCUUUGCUGAGGUUGUGGCACAUUAUCAACACUUCCAGCAGACGGUCCGCAUUCAUAAUGUUCCAGGAGUUGACGGUCUUUCUCUGGACAUCACCACCAUGCUGGACAUCAGAGAUCAGAAUAACAAGGAGCUGGCCAUGCGGCUGGUUACCGACAUUCAGAGCGGAGAUACUUUCUACACAGACCUCAACGGCUUCCAGAUCCAGCCUCGCCGGUACUUCCAGAAACUUCCACUGCAGGCUAAUUUCUACCCGAUGCCUGCCAUGGCAUAUAUUCAGGACAGCCAAUACCGGCUCACGCUCUACACGGCUCAGGCCCUGGGCGUCAGCAGCCUGGCCAGCGGUCAGCUGGAGGUGAUCCUGGACCGCAGACUGAUGCAAGACGAUAACAGGGGUCUGGGGCAGGGCCUUAAGGACAACAAACGAACGGCCAAUCGCUUCCGUCUUCUGCUGGAGAGGAGGAGCAGCAGUGGAAAGCCGGUGGACAGCAGACCAGUCAGCUUCCCGUCGCUGCUCAGUCACAUGACCUCCACCAUCCUGAACCAUGAGGUGCUGGCACUGCCCGUGUUGCCCUGGAAACACGGCGUGCCGUCCGUGCGUACCUUCGCUCCAUUGGCUGGCACCCUGCCCUGCGACUUCCACCUGCUGAACCUCAGGAGCAUCCAAAGCCUGCAGGACGCUCACUCUCCAUCUCCCUACACGGCUCUGCUCCUCCAUCGACUGGCCCUGGAUUGUGGUCUGGAGGACCAGAACCCUGGUUUCAACUGUACCACCACACAAGGCCAGCUCUCCAUUUCCGGGCUGUUCCGUGGGCUAGAUCUUCAGCUCCUGCAGCCCAUGUCUCUGUCUCUGAUGCACUCUCAGCCUCCGCUCUCCAACGACUCCUCCAUCAAUCUGGAGCCAAUGGAGAUCUCCGCCUACAAGCUCAAGCUGUGCUAGAACGAUGUUGCACCAGAACCGGGCUCUCCGUGUGGACCCUUGGAACCUGUGCUACAGCAGAGAACCACAGCUGGAUGAGCAGAGGACUCUUAUGGAGAUUGUUUAUCCAGACUUAAUGUAUCUGAAUCAACACGAAUGGGAAAUAAAGACUCAAGGAUGAGAACGUUCCAGCCGAAGUCAGAUUUGGUAGCCGGCCCGGGUGCUGAGAUAAGAAUGUCCGUGUGCGUUUUUACUUUUCAGAGAGAUUUGAUCAGGCAGAGAACUAAUUGGUGAACAUCUUUUUAUUCCAGCAGUGCCGACCGUUGUUUUUUGAGCUCUAUUGUUUUCCCUUUUGUCUUUGACUGGAACUGCUGACAGUUUCGCAUUAAUUUUCUCAUUAAUUCAUUCAUCCAUCCCUGGAGUUCGUACUGUAUGUAAUUAACUCAAAAGCUACAUACACAACUGGAUCUAUACAAAAUUGUGGGACUCAGUGCAAUAUGUGACGCUUUGUUUCUCCAUUUUAUUUGUUAUUCCUAAGGCCUUGGAAGCUACGCUUGAAUCCGUGUCAUUGUCGUUUGAGCUCACGCAGUUCUUUUAUUUCUUUAUCUCUGCUGUGGACGGUUCUGCCUACGCUCGGCGGCCGCAUGUUUUAUUUUUCUAUGAAUGUCAAUCAUCCAGCUUGGCCUGCGAAGGCUGUCAGUGUUGUAACAGACACGCCAUUUACAGAUCUCUUUCUUUUUAGAAUGGCUCCCGACUCUUCGCUGACAGAAGACGACAUCUGUGAUCCAGCAGCGGUCGGGUCUUCGGAUAGAUCUUUCAUUGGUCUGGCUCAAAUCACGCGACGAGAGCUGACGUUUACAAUCUUUAUCCACCGUGUUAAUAAAUAAAGCUGCUUCUUAAUAAGCUAGCUGUGGAUUAUCCUCAACACAUUUUUGUUAUUUGUACCAUUUUGAUCGUGUCUGGCAUAGUAACACGCCGCAGAAUGUGCAUUUAUACUUUGUCAUAUUAUAUGUAGGUUUGAGCAGGUAUUUAAUUUCAAGACCUAGAUCAGUUUAGUCAUCGACAUACUCGCAGUAUUUUCAGGUAAACCGGACUCGUAUCCGAUUGUAGUGCGGGUAGCGACGGGUUCCUACACUCAGAUUUAGCCAAUUUCCCACACAAAAACACGUUUAGGCCUUAUCUCGCUGUAGGAAACCCAUCUGUAAUGUGUAGCAGAGCCAUCUCAGUCGUCCCUUCUGGCUUUUGUCUGUCACCUCGGUCUGCUCGAAUCUGACAAUUUUCAACAUGAGAAUUCUGUCUGUCCAUCAACGUGUCGUCUCGUGUCUCACCUCUCCCAGCAUGUCUGUCUGUCUCCCCUGGGAAAAUCUUAAAUUACAGAAAAAUAUUCUCACUUCUCCGACUUCCAACUCCACGCCUGAUUAUCUCUCUGUAGUGCGCUCACGUCCAUUUACAUCAGUCAGGCCAUCAGCCGGCUUCUCAAGCUAAUCAAGUUCCGGAGUAGCUUCCUAUCAGGAGCUCCGAGUGUGGAGUGCCAAACGUCUGUCCGAUUGCUUUGGAACACAUUCUGGCUCCCAACGCCAUUCUGGCUUUCCAUACUGGCAGAUCUCUUUGUUAGAUGUCCUUUAUUUGUUGUGUGUUCUGAGAUGGAAAUUACUUUUUUAGUUUUUCUAAAGAAAUGACAGUGAAUUGAGAGGUUAAUUUAUUCUUCUGUUGUUGUAUCUUUUUUAUGUUCUAUUUUGGUUUGAUAGUGAGAGUGCGUGUUCAUAAAAAUGACUCGUAAAAGCAAAUGCAAAGACAUUAAAGUGGACGUUUAAUAAAGAUCACACAUGGGGAAAAAAAGUGAUUCACAUUUUGAAGUGAUAUUUGCAUUCUAAUUGGCUUUCCAUUGUUGUCAGAUGUCUUAAAGGGGUCAUAU